AUGUCUGACAUCAUCGCUGUUUUACCUGGUCUUGAAGGUCUUAGAAUACGAUCCCUCUCCCUUCGUCAGCUCGUACCGGAGACCUAUUCGCGGAACAGAGUACCCGCCCGGCCCUGCUCCAGCCCGGCUCCAGCCUCCAGAGGGAGGAAGGGCAAGUCGCCUGUGCGGAUACGAGUGACAGCUGAGAUACUCUUAGGACAUGGCUGGCUGGGCGGAGUUGCAGUGGCUAGCGCUGAUGAGCCAGAAGUGCUCCGGGCCACUAGGAAAGUACCGGAUCAUCGUCGGCCGAAGAUAUAUUUAGUUUUCCCUUGUUAA